AUGAUAUCUGCCUGUGUCAAGCGGUUGAGUACAUUAAGACUGUCCAUAUCGAUCUAUCUAUCAAAUUCAGUCUGUUCAGAUCUAUCUUUCUAUCUAUCUAUCUAUCUAUCUAUCUAUCUCAGUCUAUCCAUAUCUAUCUAUCUCAGUCUAUUCAUAUUUAUCUAUCUAAUUUUGUUUAUAUCUAUCUAUCUAUCUAUCUCAGUCUAUUCAUAUCUGUCUGUCUAUCUAUCUAAAUAUCGAAAUCAGUCUCUUCAUUAUCUAUCUAUCUAUCUAUCUAUCUAUCUAUCUAUCUAUCUAUCUAUCUAUCCCAGUCUGUUCAUAUCUAUCUAUCUCAGUCUAUUAAUAUUUAUCUAUCUAUCUAUCUCAUUCUGUUCAUAUCUAUCUAUCUAUCUAUCUAUCUAUCGAAUUCAGUCUGUUCAUAUCUAUCUUUCUAACUCAGUCUGUUCAUAUCUAUCUAUCUAUCUAUCUAUCUAUCUAUCUAUCUAUCUAUCUAAUAAUUUCAUAUCUAUCUUUAUCAACCUGUUUAUAUCCAUAUAUCUAUCUCGGGAUGUUCAUAUUUAUCUGUGUAUCAAUCUGUUCAUAUCUAUUUAUCUGUGUAAUUUAGUCAAGUAUAUUCAUAUUUAUCUAUCUAUCUAUCUAUCUAUGUCAACCUGUUCAUUAUCUAUCUAUCUAUCUUUCUCAACCUGUUCAUUAUCUAUCUAUCUAUCUCCUUCUAUUCAAAUCUAUCUAUGCAUCUAUCGAAUUCAAUCUGUUCAUAUCUAUCUAUCUAUCUUAGUAUUUUCAUAUCUAUCUAAAUCAGUCUGUUCAUAUCUACAUAUCUAUCUAUCUCAGUCUAUUCAUAUCUAUCUAUCUAUCUAUCUAUCUAUCUAUCUCAUUCUGUUCAUAUCUAUCUAUUUAUGUCAUUCUGUUCAUAUAUAUCUAUCCCAUUCUGUUCAUAUCUAUCUAUAUCUAUCUAUCCAACUAUAUAUAUAG